CCGCGCCCCUUGCCUCCGCGUCUCAAACCCCCUCGCGGUCGCGUUACUUCGGACCUCGGAAGCUUCUGGAGAUCCCCACCGCGCCCCUCGAGCCCUAGGAGAAAAAGGUACCGCUCCAAUCCGAGAGGCGCUUACGCCCCCGCCUGGAUUUCUGAUAGAACCCUAGCUUUUGCGAGGAGCCUCGUCUGGUUUGCUCCGCCGAGAUCAGCAUGGGAAGAAGGUACGAUUACAGCCCCUCACCUCCAAGAGGUUACAGGAGAAGAGCUCGAAGUCCAAGCCCUCAUGGUCGUUAUGGAGGACGUGCUAGGGACCUCCCAACUAGUCUUCUAGUGAGGAAUCUUCGCCGGGAUUGUAGGCCUGAUGACCUCCGUAGACCAUUUGGAAAAUUUGGCCGUGUUAAAGAUAUAUACCUUCCAAGGGAUUACUACACUGGGGAUCCUCGAGGAUUUGGGUUUAUCCAAUACUUUGAUCCUGAGGAUGCUGCUGAUGCAAAAUACCAUAUGGAUGGGCAUAUGUUUCUUGGAAGGGAAAUUACUGUUGUUUUUGCAGAGGAGAACAGAAAGAAGCCUACUGAGAUGAGGGCAAGGGAAAGAGUCAAUAGCCGAGGCCGUUCGUAUGAUCGGAGGUUGCGCUCAAGGUCGCCUGAGUACUCUGUCUCUCCAAGGGGCAGAUCGCGGUCCCGCAGCAGAAGCUACUCACCAGCACCUAAGCGAAAGCACCAUUCAAGGUCCCCAUCUCCUAGGGAGAGAUCUUUGUCGCGCUCACCAGUGGGCAGCAGAUCAAGGAGUGCCAGCCCUGCUGUUAAGUCUCCUCGCAGGGAGAGGUCUCUUUCUGUUAGCCAAUGAUGAUGCAUCAUCAGGGCUGAGUAGUGCUACAUGCAUGACGAUGUAGUUGCUGGCACACCGAAUGGAACCAUAUAUGAUCUGGAUUCUUUUUGUCACCCUACGCUGGGAGUGCUAAAAACAUGUAUGGUGUAUUUCAAAACAUUUGAUGAGUGUUUUGAGAAUGUAACGUACCUGUUGACUGGGUGCAGAGAUUUGAAGUGAUUUAUGACUCUAGUAUGGCACAAUACUUUGUUUUCGAUUGGCAGUGUUGUUGGAGCAGGUGAGCUCUCCGGAAAUGUUGAAUAUCAGGGGUUUGGAUGCGAGUGUUUA